CUUUGUUGGUCCCCUCACAUCAUGGCAUUUAUCCCGCGGCGGUCCGCAGAAGCUGUGCAUGGGAGGCAACAUAUCACCAACAUGCUCAACGGUUAUGAUGAUGUCGUGCGACUCUCUGUUGGUUCAGGCAUUUUCGAUGCAUCAUCGAACGACGAGAGACCCUUUCAACAUCGACACAAACCGUUCCUGGCCCAUCAUAUUGCGCUCGGAUGAUUCUCGACCAUUUUGAGAUCCUUAAUGCCCGAUAUAAACAAGGGAAUCCUCGAAUGAGGUUCGAAGCUUUGAAAGAAAGAAGUGGUGCACGAAUCGAAGGACGCAUGCGAUUAAGCCUCCAGAAGGCUGAUCACCUCCAGCAGCGAAUCACAACUCGCCUGUUACCGCCCGUUGAAGAAGCCAUCGAAAAUCUGCAAGGAUCGUCACUGUGUCUGUCGGCCAAUCAUGUUAGCCUAUCGCAUCUCAUCACAGCGUUACAUCUUGAAGACUCCACCAUGGUUGCUUCUCCUCUGCCAUUCAGCCCCCAAAUCCAUCAGCGGCCUCUAAGAACAAUUACCCGUCCUUGGAGGGGGGGAUAGACCAACGCAGAUGGCUCAAGCAAGUGCUUGGAUCACAGUCCAAGUGCCAGGAACAUCUUGGCCAGAUGUGUCGGGAGUGUCCAGCGCCCAAUCCUGAGCCGUAUUCAGACGCU